AUGCCUAGUUGUAGUGAACGUAUGUUAGUAAUCUCGACCACUGCUGGCUAUGUAGCAUGUUUGUGUUUAUUGAGCACUGGUGUGGCAACGAGUCAUUGGCUUUAUUCCGUGGAACGCUCUGAAUAUAGUACCUUCAAUGGUACGACGAUGGUCGUGGAAGUCACUAUGCAUUCUGGUCUAUGGAGGCUGUGUCCGUUGUCAGGUGAGAAUGUUGGUGACUGUAGAAUCAUUGAAUAUUUUACACCAAAUCCUGAGAUUACAUCCGAUACAACAACAGCCGUUGCACGCUUAAUUCGUUCAUCUGCUGCAUUCCCCUGCGUUAGUCUGCUGUUAAUGAUAGUGGGUACUGCAUUGGGCGUUGCAUCCCAAAAGAGACCGGAACAGAAACACCUGGUUUUCGUGGCCGGUAUUGUGUUCGUCACUUCCGGUCUCUCUUUGUUCGUUGGAAUUAUCAUAUACAUCAGUAGUAUAAACGACGCCCUCAGCGACCAACCAACUUCUAACGGUCACCGGUACACCUAUUAUUACGGGUAUUCGUUUGUACUCGUCACGGCGUCAUUCGGCCUUAGUGAAGUAUGUGGCGUUAUGUGUAUGUAUCUAUACAUAAGACGUUAUAUGAACCAAGAAGAGAACGAAUCAAGACGAAAAUCUCGUCUACGCAGAUAUAAUGUUGGGAAUAUUGAGGAAAAUGAAGUCGCAAAUAGAUUGGUUUAUCGAUGUCCAGAAGUGAUGAUACCAGCGUGA